GUUACCCUCACAAGCGCGGCUACCAAGUUUGAUGUUGAAGUUUAUGAUGAGUUCUGAUCGUUCGAUCGUUCGCAGAAACAAAAGAUUAUCGUCUGGUCAAGGAUUUACAUUAGUUGAGACCUAGCUUGUCGUGGUGGUGGAAAGAUCCCAUGAACCUGUCAUUUGCAGGCUGUGGUUUUCUUGGGGUUUACCACCUUGGAGUUGCAACUUGCCUAACAUCGCAUGCUCCACAGUUUUUAAAGAAUGUAACAGCCUUUGCAGGUGCUUCAGCAGGGUCACUUGUUGCUGCAGUGCUAGCAACAUCAGCUCCACUGGACAAGUGUUCAGAUUAUGUCAUAGAACUUACUCAUGAAGCUCGUAGACACCCUCUGGGGCCUUUUAAUCCCCAGUUUGACUUGGUUGGGAGUUUAAGAAAAGGACUUGAACUUUGUCUUCCUUCAAAUUCCCACCGAAUUGCUUCAGGAAGGCUUUUUAUUUCUGUGACCAGUCUAAAGGACAGAAAGAAUGCAAUUCUGUCUGAGUUUGAUUCCAAAGAAGACUUAAUUCAGGUUUUGCUGGCAAGUUGUUAUAUUCCCUUCUAUGCUGGACUGAGCUUUCCCAGAUUUAGAGGUCAGAAAUGGGUAGACGGUGGACUUAGUGAUAAUUUACCAAGGCUUCCGUUCGGCCGAACUAUACGUGUAUCUCCAUUCAGUGGUAAUGGUAAUGAUAUAUGCCCACAAGACGAGUCUCGUGGUUUUACUGACGUCACUUUCCAUAAUAUGAAUGUCUACGUAAAUAGAGAGAAUCUUCAGAGGGAGUUGCAGAUAUUUAUUCCUCCCAAGAAAGAUGGGAUUGAGAGUUUAGUGCAGUUAGGUUUUAAUGACACUCUGAGAUUUCUGCGAAAGGAGAACUUGUGCAAUUAUUCAGUGAAACCUCUUUCUCCAACUCUUCCCAUGAAACAUUUUCAUGAAUAGUGCCGUGUUCUAGUUGCAAUAACUGACUGUCACCUUUGUUGUCAUUUUAUUGUCGUAUUCCUCCAAAUCGAAAUUCAAUUGAUGUAUAGUUUUUAUUUAAGACAGUACUUUUCAAUUGAGAUCAGGUUGGUGGUACUCUGGCCUGAGUUUUGAUGACGAAAAUCUAUUCUUAUCUGGGAUAUUGCCCACAUGCCUCAACGAAGAUGUUUUGAUAAUAAUUGUUAUUAUAUUACUAUCGAUAAUGAUAUUGGCUCAAUCCUUUUAUCAUUCCCAAGUUCCUUUUAAUUCUUGCCGGAUCAGUCAAUGCGUGGUUAUGGAGAUCAGGACAAUUGUGUCGCUGUACAGUGUGGGAAGAAUGCAUACAAAAAUUUUAUGCUGGUGUUUUUAGCCUGUUCUAGAGGGUUGUUGGUUUGACUUUUUUUAUUUACACGCACCAUAUACCACUGGUGUCAGGGAAAUUAAGCCUUGAUUAGAGUGUUUUAUGGUUGGAGUUAGGCGGCCGUGGAUGAGCAGUAUGUUAUGACUCAGACAAUAACCCAAGAACAGUGUGUUACACAAUGCAGUAUAUAAAUGAAAGGUUAUUUAUUUUAUUACUUGUUUAAUAUUCUAAUCUAUUGGUUUACGGUUAGAAGUUUUGAUAAGUUUGAAGUGAGAACUAAAUCUGUUAUUUUAGUGUUAAUUUACCUUUUUUAUGUCGUGGCAAUGGGUUGCCGUUUACUUUAUUGUUAUGUUAUGUUAAACAACACUCUUUGUGUUGUUGAUAUCUUAAAGUUAUACAGCAUUAUUUUAGUAAUCACUGCAACUUGCGUGUCGCUUCUUGUUCUCGUCUUCCUUGUGAAUCUCGUUAGUUAACUCUUUUAGUGCCAAGGUCCGCCAUAGUACAUGUAUAAAUGGAAUUAACUUGACCAGAAAGAUUCUGUAUUUACAUGAAGAAUAAAAUGUUAUAGGUUUUAGAUUUUCACCUCCGGCUGAAGACUAAUAGACCCGUUUCAGUCUUGGGGCAGAUCGUUAGUUUACCGCUGGACGGAGGUGUUGCCUUAAAAGGCUCCAGAUUUCGUAAAACUAAAGCUAUAAUGUACCUUGAUGUCUCGUCAGCUUUCAUUUCGUAUCUCUGUGCAGUGACCCACUUUUCAGCGCGUUACUAGACUUGCCAUAGAGAGGUCUAUUCGAAGCUAGGUGGGUUCCUUUCGUUGUGCGCAUGGGUGAGACACUUCACCCUCGCAGUUCCUCUCUCCAACCAGGAGUGUAAAUAGAAGCCAGAUAGCUGUUGGAAAGACUUGAAGAGAUGCAGGGGGUAAUCUGUGAUGGGUGGUAUUCCAUCCUGCAAGAGUUAUUAAACUCCCAAUCGCUCCUGUAAUCGUUUAACCCCCAAGAGUGACUAGCAUCAAAUUUCUCCUCAUAAUAUCACUCCC